CGGGGGAUUGGCCGCCCGUAUCGAACGACUGUUUCCUGAGCCGACGGAGACGAUCCUACGAUACCGUGUGACGUCGAGUGCAGACAUGUCGAUGACAUUUCGCCAUGGCUUCCCCUAUUCCCCAACGGCUCUGGCGUAUGACCCUGUACAGAAGGUGCUAGCAAUAGGUGACAAAUCCGGAUCUAUUAGGAUAUUGGGAAAAUUUGGUGUGGAUGCCCAUAUUAGACAUGAAGGAGAAACUGCAUGUGCUGUGAAUCUAAUUGAAUUUUUAGUAAACCAAGGGUUUCUCGUGACAGCAACGGCUGAUGAUUCCUUACAUUUGUGGGAUAUCCAUCAGAAAAUACCUAAAGUUGUACAAAGUCUUAAAUUUCAAAGGGAAAGGAUCACAUAUUUGUACCUACCAGUAGGCACCAAGUGGAUGUACGUGGGCACCGAGAAAGGGAACACACACAUAAUUCAUACAGAUUCCUUUUCAUUAAGUGGAUAUAUAAUAAAUUGGAAUAAAGCGAUCGAUCCAACCAGAAAAACGCAUCCGGGAUCUGUUAUACAUUUAUCCGAUAAUCCAUUAGACGCCAAUAAGUUACUUAUAGGAUUCGAAACUGGUCAAUUAGUUCUGUGGGAUAUGAGAGGAAAAGCAGCAGAGCUGCGAUGGAUUUCUCAAGAGCCUCUAUUAUCUUGUUCAUGGCAUCACGAAGGGAAACACUUUAUAUCAUCACACAACGAUGGAUCAUUGUGUACGUGGCCUUUGAAACUUUCAACUAAACCUCUAGUUCAAGGCUUUCCCCAUGCCAAAACCAAUAAGGAUGGAAAAGCGGAGAUGUGCCAUUCAAUUCAAAAAGUGGAAGUUAAAACCAAUAGGCUUGGAGAACAAUUCACGAUUUUUUCUGGUGGUCUUCCAACCGAAAAGUGUUGCAAUAAGUCGCAUUGCAUAACGGUGUUAGUUCAAAGUAAAUCUACUACAGUAUUGGAAAUGGAGCAUCCUGUUGUAGAUUUUAUCACUGUUUGCGAUAGUCCUUGGGGGAGCGAUUUACAGGAACCGAAUGCAGUAGCAGUUCUAUUGCAGAAUGAUUUAGUGUUGAUAGAUUUGUUGACAUCUGGAUAUCCGACUUUUGAAUCGCCUUAUUCCAUGGAUAUCCAUGAAUCCCCAGUUACAUGUUGCACUUAUUUAGCCGAUUGUCCAACUGAUUUAGUUCCAGCCUUCUAUUCUGUAGGGAGAAAUACGUCAGCUCGUCGAUCCGGAUACUCUGAAAGGGAAUGGCCGAUCAGCGGAGGAGAAUGGCAACCAACUUCAUGUAGUUACUCCGAAAUUGUCAUGACUGGACACUUAGACGGAUCAAUAAAGUUUUGGGAUUCAAGUGCUGGUACACUACAAGUGCUUUAUAAGCUGAAAUCAUCUAAAGUAUUCGAAAAGGUUAAACUGAAAUCAACGGACGUCGUUGAAGAUGAUCCAUUAUCUAUUACGGCUAUCGCGCUUUGUGCUGAAUCAAGGAAACUAUGUUUAUCCAUCAAUAGUGGGCAUGUCGUGCUAUUUAAAUUUAGAAGAGCUGAGUGCACAGGAGACGUAUCCGUGCUAGACGUUCCGAUUAGUUAUGAAAACUUAGUCCAGUUAGACAGUCCAGAUUACGAAUUUAUCCCGAAAACACUGCCAAAACUAAAUGAAUUAGAAGAAUGUGAGAAAAAGUGCAAUGGAAUGUUAAAGGUUAAAAGCGGCCCUCAAAAGAAGCAACCAGGUUUCCAAGCUCAACUAGUAUGCAUUACACCUUGGACGCAUGGCACGCAUCCCGGUCAAAUAACUGCCCUCACCAUCAACUCUAGUUAUGGAUUAAUGGCAUAUGGUAAUGAGUAUGGGCUGGCUGUCAUAGACAUUGUACAAAGAACAUGUUUACUCAACAUGUCGACUCAAGAAGUAUUUACUUCAUUCGACAUAUUCCCUCAAACACCUAGAAGUCCAAAACGGCUAGAAAGUGUACAAUCGAAAGAAGACCAAAUUGGAUCACCAAGUAUAGACCAGAUUAAUGGCAUAUGCAGCCUAAACAACUCAGCCACUAUAAGUUGUAAUGGCAGUACUAGUAGUGCUACAACCCCGAUUUCGGCUUCUUCGCCAAUUCCUAAUGCACUACAUGAACGUGGGAUGAGUAUAACAAGUACUGGCAGUCCUAGCAAAAAACCAGCAUGCAACACCACAGCAAUGACUGGACUACCCGACACCGUUCGGAAAUCUAGAUCACAAGACAAAUUGGAUGAAUCCUUUUCUAGAUCACGUUCGUCGUCUUUGUCUAGUCUAGAUAAUGCUAACAUAGAGGCUGUGACAUGUUUAGCAUUUGCUGAUAGUUAUAUUAGAAAAAGUGAUCCAUCUAUAGCACUACCAACAAUGUGGUUGGGUACUAGUCUCGGAACAGUUUUGACGGUAUCACUUAGCAUACCUGAAUUAGAUGUACGGAAAUCGGAAACUGUUCAGUCAUCCUUAACAGGACCAAUGUUUCGCUUAAAAGGAUCUGUUUUAUCUAUGUCAUUGCUGGAUUGUAAUGGUGCUCUCAUUCCGUAUCCUUAUGAAACGUGGAGAGAUGACAUGAAGGAAGGAAAGGAAAAACGCGAAAAAACGCCAAAUAAAUCAACGGCCAACAAACUUAGUCCAACGAAUCCUGACGCAUUAUGUGACCGACAGUUCAUUGUCAUUGCGAGUGAAAACCAAGCAGGAGUGUUUGCCCUUCCCAGUCAGAACUGUGUGUACAAAAAAACAAUAGUCGAUUCUGACUUUGUGGUGAAAGCUGAAAUAAUAAGCAUGAAAGAUAGCGUUUGUCUGAUCGGAUAUGCGUCCAACGGCCAUUUGCUAGUUUUCACACUUCCAAGUCUUAAACUGUUGCUAGAUGUCAAUUUUCUACCACUAAUAGAAUUGAGUUUCCAAACUAAAUGUAAACAGGGUAUGGUUGAUCCUAUGCUGUCAAUAUGGGGUCAACAGCUUAUUGUAAAUGAAGACUCGAAUCUAAUAUCUAAAACGUUCAGUUUUAGCAACAAAGGACAUGGACUAUAUUUAGUAACUCCCACCGAAAUUCAAAAAUUUACUGUGUGCCAAGAGUUUUGUAACCACUACAAUGAGAUGCUUGGAGAACUAUACAUAGAUCACGAAAUGCCGGAAGCACCAAAAGAAAGUUUCUUCAAAGGACUUUUUGGAGGUGGAACGAGGAACCUGGACCGCGAAGAACUUUUUGGCGAAUCCAGCGGAAAAGCGAACAAAUCAAUUGCAAGGCAUAUUGGACCGAACAGUAAUAUUCAAGAUCUGGCUAUGAGGGCAACAUCUGCUUCUUCCGAAAUUGGCAGAGCUCAUCAGUUGAUGCUGGAGCGCGGUGAUAAAUUGGGCCAAUUAGAGGAAAGAACCGAAAGGAUGGCAAGCGAAGCGCAGCAGUUUUCGAACUCUGCUAAUAUGUUAGUGAAUAAAUACAAGGAUAAAAAGUGGUAUCAGCUAUAAUUAGAGCUAACAAGGUGAUCAGAUUUAUUUUAAACAAUUUAUAUACAUUUUUUCUCAUUAACUCAAUUUCGAUGGAUAGGAAAUCAAUUCUUCCGGGCAGAAUUUAUUGAUGCCGUGAUUGUGAUAAGCUUCAUUUUGUAACAAAAUAGUUAAUAUAUUUGAGACUUCAAACGCAAACUUAAAAUAAUGAUGGUCUCACAAUAUUCAUGCUGCUGCUAGUGUUACUCAGUUGAAUACUGUUUAAUUCUGAAUCAUAAAAGUGUAGGAAAAUUAAAUAUGUUUAUAUGGUAAUCAGUGAUUUAAAGAUAAGUUGCAUAGAUUAGAUAAAAUUACAUAUAUUAUUAA